GAUUUAUGUUAUAUCCUUAUUCACAAAUUUGUUUAACUGCCAUUAAAGUCUCAUUUUUUAGAUACAAAUAUGGAUUCUAGUAGUCCAGCACACUCUGAUCGACAUACAGAGGCAAUGACAUCUCCUGCACCAGAAAUAGAUGAACCAUUUGAGGAUGAAUCUGAUUUAUUGGGUAAUGAUAAUGAUGUUAAUGAGGAAGAAGAGGAAGGAGAAGAAUUAUUUGGGGACAAUAUGGAAGCUGAUUAUCGUCCCAUGCCAGCAUUAGAUAGAUAUGAUCCAGAUGUAGUGGAUGAUGAAGAAUAUUCAGAAAUGUCUCAAGGCGAACGUGUAGCUGCAGAAUCUACUAUGCGUAAAAGAGAUCGUGCAGCAGGAAAUAGUAUUUAAGAUGAAAGUGAUGAAGAAGAAAUACAAGCCCGUAAAAGACGUAUGGCUGAAAAAGCAGCAACAGGUGAAAUUGAAGACGCAGAAAUGGUUGAAUCUAUAGAGAAUUUAGAAGAUACUAAAGGUCAUUCAGUUAAAGAUUGGGUAGCUAUGCUAGGACCUAAGACUGAAAUUUCUAAUCGUUUUAAAAGUUUUCUUCGUACACAUACUAACUCAAAAGGGCAAUAUAUGUAUAAAGAACGUAUUCGUCAUAUGUGCGAGAGUAAUCAAUCUAGCUUUAUUGUGGAAUUCCCUAUUCUUGCUAGCAAAGAGCAUGUUUUGGCAUAUUUUUUACCAGAAGCACCAUUUCAAAUGUUAGAAAUAUUUGAUGAAGUAGCAAAGGAAUUGGUAUUAACUAUAUUUCCUAGCUAUGAAAGAGUUACAGGUGAAAUUCAUGUCAGAAUAUCAGAAUUGCCAUUAAUAGAAGAAAUUCGUACAUUUAGGAAAUUACAUUUGAAUCAACUAGUACGUACUCUAGGAGUUGUUACUGCAACUACAGGAGUAUUACCACAAUUGUCUGUUGUAAAGUAUGACUGUACAAAAUGUGGAUAUGUACUUGGACCUUUUGUACAAAAUCAAAAUACUGAAGUUAAGCCUGGAUCAUGUCCCGAAUGUCAAAGUAUUGGACCUUUUAUGAUUAAUAUGGAGCAAACAAUAUAUAGAAACUAUCAGAAAAGUAGAAUUCCUAGGAGCAAGGAAUGUAUUCUUUUAUCAGAUCUCUGUGAUCGCUGUAAACCAGGAGAUGAAGUUGAUGUUACUGCUAUUUAUACAAAUAAUUAUGAUGGUUCUUUGAAUACAGAACAAGGUUUUCCUGUAUUUGCAACAGUUCUUCUUGCUAACCACUUACAUGUAAAAGAUUCAAAAGAAAUUGUAGAAUCUUUAACCGAAGAAGAUAUUUCUAGUAUUAUUGCUUUAAGUAAAGAUCAUCAAAUUAUUGAUCGCAUUGUUGCAAGUAUUGCUCCUUCAAUUUAUGCUCAUGAAUAUACAAAAAGAGCUUUAGCUUUAGCGUUAUUUGGAGGGGAAUCAAAAAACCCUGGUAAUAAGCAUAAAGUAAGAGGAGAUAUCAAUGUGUUAUUAUGUGGAGACCCAGGAACAGCUAAAUCUCAAUUUUUAAAAUAUGUUGAAAAAAUUGCACCAAGAGCAGUAUUUACUACAGGUCAAGGAGCUUCAGCAGUGGGAUUAACUGCUUUUGUAAGAAAAUCACCAAGUACUCAUGAAUGGACGUUAGAGGCUGGUGCCUUAGUUCUUGCUGAUCAUGGAAUUUGUCUUAUUGAUGAAUUUGAUAAGAUGAAUGACCAAGAUAGAACGUCUAUUCAUGAAGCUAUGGAACAGCAAAGUAUUUCUAUCUCAAAAGUAGGAAUUGUUACAUCACUUCAUGCUAGAUGUUCAGUAAUAGCUGCAUCCAAUCCUAUCGGAGGAAGAUAUGAUGCUAGUAUGACAUUUUCCGAAAACGUAGACUUAUCAGAACCAAUUUUAUCUCGUUUUGAUAUUCUUUGUGUAAUAAAAGAUGAAAUAGACCCUAUGCAAGAUCGGCAUUUAGCUAAAUUUGUUGUGAACUCUCAUAUUAAACAUCAUCCUACAAAUGCAGGAAAAGUAACAACUACCACAGAUAAUACACAUGAUAUAUCUAUUCCACAAGAUCUUUUAAAAAAAUACAUAGUAUAUGCACGACAAAAUGUUCAUCCUAAGUUAACAAAUAUUGAUCAAGAUAAAGUAGCAAAAUUAUACAGUCAAUUGAGACAAGAAAGUUUGGCUACUGGGAGUUUACCAAUUACGGUACGACACAUAGAAAGUAUCUUACGUAUGGCUGAGGCAAGUGCUAAAAUUCAUUUACGUGAUCACGUUCAAGAAAAUGACAUUAAUCUUGCCAUCAGAAUGAUGCUUGAUAGUUUUGUAGAAACACAAAAAUAUUCAGUAAUGAAAAGCAUGCGUCAGACAUUCCAGAAAUAUCUAUCAUACAAAAAAGAUCACAGUGAACUUCUAUAUUAUAUACUUAGGCAGAUUACAUUAGAUACUUUAACAUUUCAAAAAGCUAUACACGGAAGUCGUAUUACGACAAUUGAAAUUUCAGAAAAAGAUUUAUUGGAUCGGGCUAAACAAAUUGAUAUAUUCAACCUUCAUCCAUUUUAUGAAAGUGACAUAUUCAAAUCAAAUAAUUUUGUUUAUGAUUCAAAGAGAAGAGUAAUAAUACAAACACUUCCUGAAGGUAUUGAUGACUAA